UUCAACAUGAAUAAACUCAAGGGGGAUGAGCAAUCAAACAAUAAUGUUAUAGUUCGUCAAGUUUGGGCUUACAAUCUAGAGAAUGAGUUUCUUCUCAUUCGUGGAAUUCUACACGAAUUUCAUUUCAUUUCGAUGGAUACAGAGUUUCCAGGAGUAAUUUAUGAAUCUAAAGAGGACUCCACCGUACCUUAUCACCUUCGUCGCCGGGACCCUUUAAAUGAUUACAAUUACUUAAAGGCCAAUGUUGAUAAUCUUAAACUCAUUCAACUUGGCCUUACUUUAUCUGAUUCGGAAGGUAACCUCCCUGAUUUUGGAACCAAAAACAAGUAUAUAUGGGAAUUUAACUUUUCUGAUUUUGACAUUGAAAAUGAUCCACACAAUCAAGAUUCAACUGAUAUGUUAAGUCAUGGAGGCAUUGACUUCAAGCGCAAUUUCUAUUAUGGGGUGAAUUCACUACGUUUUUCUGAAUUGAUGAUCAGAUCGGGGCUUGUCUUCAACAAUUCGGUUAUUUGGGUCACAUUUCAUGGUGCAUAUGAUUUCGGCUAUUUAAUGAAGAUUUUAAUGCGAAGAAAUCUACCAAACACUUUGGAACGUUUUUUAUUUCAUUUGAAAGUAAUAUUUAGAAACAUCUAUGACUUGAAACACGUGGUACAUCAUUGCAAAGAUUUGUACGGCGGUCUCAAUAAAAUAGCUAAUACACUCGAUGUGAACCGGGUCGUUGGAAAAUCGCAUCAAGCCGGAUCAGAUAGCUUGUUGACAUUGCAUGUGUUCAUGAAAGUUAUUGAUAUUUAUUUUAUCAAUAAUAAAAUAAAAAUAAACAAACAUGUUGGAGUCUUAUUUGGCUUAGAAAUGUAA